AUGUCGAGGUGGCUGCCAGUGGUGUUUAUUAUUUCUCUGAUCAUUCUUUGCAAAUUCAUUGUGCUGGAGCUGUAUUUCUAUCAACAACAAGAGCAUCAACAACAGAGAUUGUCACAGAUAGAUCAAACCAAAACAAAUAAUCAUCAACUUGCAGUUACAUCACGAAUCACCAAUAGCAAUAUUAAAUUAAGGAGCGUCGCAAAGGUUGAAAGCUUCGAACAAAAUACUAUUUAUGGACUCUCAUCAAAGAAUUAUUUCUCCUUUCCUUUCACCUAUGGUUUUUGGAAGUUUGAAUUUCAAACAAGUGUGCCAGGAUACAUUAUUUCUUAUCUUCCUACAAGCAACCUUCCUCUAUUUAACACUACUAAAAAUCAGGCAAUGCUUUCAGUGAUUGAUGUUGGAACGACCGAUUACACAAAAUCAGACUACAUGUUUGGGCUCUAUGAUACAGCCUAUUCUUUUGUGUUAUUUAAUCCUUUAGAUAGGCCAGUGGAAUUCACGAAACUCUCUAUUCUGCAACUUUACCGACUCAUGACUUACAAUCAGCCAAAAGCCUACUCCACUCCUUCCUUGUUAACAGAUUACUACUUUUGCCCGAAUUGUCUUUCUUCAGAUUCAACGAUAGACUUUAAUACAGAUUCUUUCGGGUUAGUGAUCAGUGCACAACCCUCAGCCAGCGGAUCCCUUCAGUAUCUUGAUGCAUUCAUUGGAGUCAAUAAGAAAGCAACACCAAAUGGAAACUAUGAUUUACAACGUAGAGUGACAUUCAAGCCUGAAUCCAGCACAUCAACCAUUCCUCUCGAUAAUGCUAAUUAUCCUCUUGCAUCCAUCUAUGUUGCAGUUGUGAUGAGCGGUUGCACUGGAGUUUGCUCGUAUUCCAUGCAAAUUGUAAGAACAUCAAGAAAAAGUACUUUUGACACAACUGGACUUGCUGUUGGAAUGGUGUGUAUCGGUGUAUGCUUAAUUGGAACAUGUAUUGGCGUCUUGAUGAUGUUAAUUCUUUAUGCAUGCUACAUUACCAAAGAUUCACUCCCAAAGAAAGAACGUUCAAAACCUAUAGCUGCUCCAUCUGUUAAAGAAACAACAAAAUACUCACCAGUAGUGGUUGAAAGCGAUGCUGCUGGAGCCUUGACCAGUAACACUGCGAUUUCGUUCCAGACAGCCAGUGAAGAAGGAGAUUUGCAGCAACAAAACCAUGGUAUGGAGUCUCAGCCAAUGAAUAACCAUAAUUUGAAAUCGAAUAAUAGUCCUCAUAUUGAGGAUAAGAUCAUUUCACUCAAAUCGAGCUUUUUACAAAAGUCACUUAGGUCUUCCUCCAGAUUGUCCUCUGUGAAAUCUUCGCCUAAACUCAAGCCAAAUCCAACAUAUCUUACACCAGGUGACACAACCAUCGAUGGUAUGAGAUUAUCAGUUGCUUCAAAUUCUGAUAUGCUCUAUCUGGAACGAAUUAGAUGUGACAGUGAAGUGGGACUGGAGUAUAGUGCCCCAAGCAACAUUGAGACCUACAAGUCAGAUUACAACUUGGGCACAAGAGGAUCGACUGACGACACUAACGACAGUCAUAAUGAUGCAACCAGUGGGAGAGUCUAUAAUGAAAAUAGAUUGAAAGAUAGAUAUCAUGUUGAAAAAUUACUUGGUCGUGGAUCCUUUGCGACCGUGUAUCUUGCAUUAGACGAAAAAACGAACCUUCAUGUUGCUGUAAAAUCUAUCCACAUUGACGAUUACAGAGACGAGAAUCUUGUAGGGUCUGUCAGAGAAGAAGGUUUAAGGUUGACUGAAUGCAUGCACCCUCAUAUUAUUACCAUCACGGAUGUGUUCCCUUGCACAAUUCUUCAGUCGGUUUGCUUUGUCAUGCAUUAUUACAAAUUUGGUGACCUAAAAACCUUCAUUGAGAGAAAUCCUGAUUUUGUGUUCACUAAAAGAAUCAUGGUGAGCAUUAUCCAACAAUUAUCGGAUGCUUUAUUUUACUUACAUGAAGUGAAAUCCAUCAUUCACAACGACCUUAAACCAAGCAAUAUUUUCCUCGAUGAAAUUGAUCGAAACAGAGAGUGGGUGCAUGUGGCUAUUGGUGAUUUUGGUGAAUCGACCAAAUAUUCUCCUACUUCUUUGCUUCAUUGGAAAACUCAAUCGAAUGUGCCAACGAUGAAAGGCACCUUGGUGUAUUUGGCUCCAGAGAUUAUUUGUGGAAAGGGAGAUCUUUCUCAUGCUAGUGAUAUAUGGUCGUUGGGAUGUACAAUUUAUCAGAUUAUUACGGGAGACUUUACAACACAACUAUCCUCAUGGUUCAUUAAGGACGGUGCGCCAAACGUUUUACUCGAACAAUUCGCUCAUGAAAGGAUCAAAAACAACAUGAAACAGGUAAAGCCUCAAUAUGAUGAUUUCCUGUUUGAUUUGUUGUUACAAAUGCUUAAAUGUCAACCCAAUGAAAGAUCUAGAGCUUUUGAUAUUCGACAUUGGUGUCAAGACAUGUAG